GGGCUCUCAAGGUGUUCUCCGCACAGCGGAAGAUGGCGACAGACUGAGGGGGUAUAGCCAGCGGGAGCCACGGGGCCGUGCCGCUCGGCGGCCGCCACAGCGGUGCGAAGCAGAGGCGGAAGCGAGAGGCGCACUAAGUAAAGCCCGGUGUCCGCGUCCGGUGCCUGUGGCGCUGCCGGGAGCCAGGUGGCCCGCCCGAGCCGGAACUCCGGGAGCAGCGGGUGCGGAGCCGGAGCGGAGCCGGUCCGGGACCGACCCCAGCCAACGACCGGAGCGGGAGCGAAGCCCGAAGGGCCGAGCAGCGGACCGGCCCGCCGGCCUAGGAGGGAGCGAGCGAGGCAGGGAGCGGCGCGGAGCGGUCAGCGAGCGAGCGGGCGGACGGGCGGGAGGGGAGCGGAGCGGAGCGCCGCGGCGGGGCCCGCACGGCGGCGCUGAGGGGCGCAGAGCUGCGCCGAGCCGAGACGGCCGGAACAGAGUGCGAGCCCGGCGGCCGCCGGCGCGGAGUGAAGUGGCGCGGAGCCGAGGGCAGCUGAGGGGCCCGACACUAUGAGGAGUGCGGCGCCGCCGCCGCAGCCGCCACCGCCCCAGUGCCCCGCACCGCCCCCCGCCGGGACGCCGGGCAGCGCCUAGCGGGCCGGGCGGCGGCGCCCGGGCUGCGAGCGAGGGAGCGCGGGAGGGGCGCGGGGACGGCACGAGAGCGCCCUGCGACUCCGGCCUGAGCGGCGCCCCGGGCCGGCCGGCCGGCCUGCCUGCCUGCCUCACCAUGCAUCCACCGAGGUAGGUAAAGCCUGGACGGCGCCGAGGAGCGCCGAGCGGCGCGCAGCCCGCCCGCCCGAGACGGCCGUCCGGCCUCGCUCCUGCCUACUCCCUCCAGCCCGGACCCCCCUGAAAUAUGUUCAGGGGCGCUUGGAUGUGGCCCGGGAAAGACGCCGCCGCGCUGACUAUCUGCUGCUGCUGCUGCUGCUGGGCUCCCAGGCCAAGCGACAAACCUUGCGCCGACUCCGAGCGGGCGCAGCGAUGGCGACUGUCCCUGGCGUCCCUGCUCUUCUUCACCGUGCUGCUCGCUGACCAUCUGUGGCUGUGCGCGGGGGCCCGGCCCCGGGCCAGGGAGCUGAGCAGCGCCAUGCGGCCGCCCUGGGGGGCCGGCCGCGAGCGGCAGCCGGUGCCUCCUCGCGCGGUGCUGCCGUUGCCGCCGCCGUCGCCCGGCGAGGCCAGCGCGUCCCCGGGCACCUGCGGCCCCCGAUACAGCAACCUGACCAAAGCCGCCCCCGCCGCCGGCCCCGGACCGGUCUGCGGCGGCGUCCCAGAGCCCACGGGGCUGGACGCAGCUUGCACCAAAUUGGAAUCUUUGCAGAGACUUUUCGAACCGACAACCCCGGCCCCCCCUCUGCGGCCCCCUGACGCCCCUUCCCGUACCCCGGAGUUCCCCUCCGCCAAAAAAAACUUGCUCAAAGGCCACUUUCGGAACUUCACUCUCUCCUUUUGCGACACCUACACGGUUUGGGACUUGCUGCUGGGCAUGGACCGUCCCGACAGCCUGGACUGCAGUCUGGACACCCUGCUGGGGGACCUGCUGGCCGUGGUGGCCAGCCCGGGCUCUGGGGCCUGGGAGGCAUGUCGCAACUGUAUCGAGGCGUACCAGCGGCUGGACCGACAUGCUCAGGAAAAAUAUGACGAGUUCGACCUCGUGCUGCAUAAAUACUUACAGGCGGAAGAGUACUCAAUACGGUCGUGCACGAAAGGCUGUAAGGCUGUGUACAAGGCCUGGCUGUGCUCAGAAUACUUCAGCGUGACCCAGCAGGAAUGCCAGCGCUGGGUGCCCUGCAAGCAAUACUGCCUGGAGGUGCAGACCCGGUGCCCUUUUAUCCUCCCUGACAAUGAAGAAAUGGUGUACGGAGGGCUCCCUGGAUUUAUCUGUACAGGGUUGCUGGAUACUUCACCAAAGCGGCCGGAAACCAAGUGCUGUGACGUGCAGUGGGUCUCCUGUGAGUCGGAAAAGAAGAAGUUCAAGGAGACUGAGGCCCCCAACACCCACCACCAGCAAUUCCAUCACUCCUAUUUCCACCACUACCACCCACAGUACCACCACUACCACCCCCGCCAUGACCCCCCAGGCCGCGUCAGCCACAAGCCCUCCCUGCUGACGGUCUCUGGGGGCUCACGCCUCAGCCCCAGUAGGAUCCGGCUCUGUGUCCUUGUGCUCAUGCUCCUCCAUACCGUGGUGUCCUUCUCCAGCAACCAGGGUGGUGGUGGGGGACUGGGGCUGGAGACACUGCCUGCCCUGGAGGAGGGCCUCCCACGGGAAGAGUGACAGCAUGGAGGGAGGACAGAUCUCCACCACCCACUGGCAUCAGCUGCAGCCCCCCCAGGUGGGGGGGAGAGGGAGCUCCUCCCAUGGGGGAUGUAGGACUAGGUGGGGGAGUGGGGGGUGGGGGGAGAAGGGGGACCACACAUCCCUCCCAGUCUGCCCCCCUGCCCCAAAAAGCAGCUCCAACAGAACGGCCACAGGGCCCCCCAGGAAGCUGCGCAACUCACCCAGGAGAAAAAGGCAGGAGCAGCAGGUGCCCCCUCCCAGGCCUCCAUUGAUUGGGGGUUAGCAAAAAAAUGGGAGGGGGGAGCAGGGGCUGGAAACGUUCCACCCCUGCCGAGAGCCCUGACCCCAGGGGAGGAGGCUGCUCACCCAGCCUCAGCCCUGCAGGGAAUGUUGGGGGGCACAGAGGGGAGAAGCUCUUUCCCCCCUCUCCGCGUUCCUUUUGUUGCCAAGAUCCUUAAUUCCCUCCUGCCCAUAUCCCUACAGGCGUCGGCAGACAGCGCAACGGCCCUCCUGCCACAUCAGCGCACCUCGGCCCACGUGGGGCCGGCACAGGGGAAGCAGCGGGCUGGCUGGGUGAUGAGGUACGCCCAGUUGCAGCUAGGUUGGGGGCCCCAGUUAAGCUGUCUCCCAGCACCCUUGGCAACAGGGGGUUGGGGUGGGGUUAGGAAUGGGGCCCAGAAUGAGUGGCGAAAGAGAGUGAAGCUCAGGAAGCGAGAGAAGAAAGGAGAGAUGUGGACACGGGGCUGGGAGAGAUAGCCAAGUGGGUCGUGGCUGGCCUGGCAUUGGGGAGGUGGACUGAGCAGUGCUGAGGUGUGAUCUAAGAACUGCCGGCCAAACGAGAGAGUGGUAGAAGGAGAUCUCUGGGAGGGGGGAAGAGCCCAGGAACUGAGUUGUUGGACCUCAGAAACAGGAGGCUUGAGGGCACGUGGUUCGACUGCCGCUGUCUGAAGGGCCAUAUCUUACAGAAGGUGCACACACUCCCAAGGGCCGCUCUUGCCCUGGAGAUCUUGGCCUUGGGGCCAAAGACCUUUCCAUUUCCCAUCUCCAUGGGGAGGAGGGACUUAAACCCAAGUGGGUCAGGCCUGGCCUGGGUCCUCAUACUCCCCCAUCUUGUCCUAGCCCAGGCCUCCAUGAAGGAGAAUCUGGUGGCCCUGCCCCAGAGUUCUCCAGAGAUGAGCCUUCCCCCAUCCCCAUUCCUGUCCCCAUCCCCAGCCUACCAAAGAGUAUUCAUCCCUUCCCAUCCUUGAUCCCAAUUGUGGAACAACCAGACUCCUUCUCACCCUGUAGCGGGUCCCUUGCUCCAGUCACCCCACACCCCUUCCUGGAGAAAAGUCCAGAGACUGGCAAGAGGGCCCUUUGCCUCGAGACAACGCGCUGUCAUCCCUGGGAGGAGAGACUUGAGCCGAUUGGCUGGGCUAGAGGGCUGGAUUGGAGAAGCAGCGAGAGUCCCUUGGGCGUCAUCAGCCUGGCACUGGUCCGCUGGGAGAGGGAGGCCAUAUUGCCUGGGAUAUCCAAAAGCCAAUGAGAGUCAGUGAGGAAGAGAGCCGGAACUAUGUUCCUGAUACAGGCCCUUCUAGGCCCUUCUAGGAUCUGGUGCGAGCGAGCAAGUGAGCGAAGGUGAGGGGCAGACUUGGAGCUGCAUUAGAAUGAAACCAGGAAGGGGACUUGGGGAAGGGGAGAACUGGCCUUGAUUGACUUAGCAAUGAAUGGGGGGCCUCCCUAGUGAAGAGGACGUCACACAAGGGCCUUGGCUAGGUCCCAAAUAGGGUCGGCAAGCCUGGGGAGUCCCUCCCUGCCAGUUUUCUCAUUUUCUCACAACCUGCCCUCCCCACCCCCACUCCCGUGCCCUGCCCACACCCUCCCCUAUUUAGGCCCUCAGCACUUCGGGCCUGGCCACAUACCCCACCCCUAGAGUGCUCUUUUCAGCUGGGGAGGGGAAGAGGUGCUGGCUCCUUUCCAGACAUGCUUAUGUGUUAAGUGAAGGGGCAGGUGCUUGGGCUCCAGAGAGACCCUAGGUACUGCCUUCUAACUCCUGCAUCCUCAGGAGGGGAAAAGGGACUGGGAAGUAAAGGGGGGACCACACGGCCCCAGGGAAAUGGACCCUUGGAGACUCCCAUCCUCUCGUCCCCUUCACCAAGUGCCCAGGAGACCCCUGGCUCAGACCAGCCCAAGGCCUUGCCCAGUGGCAGGGGAAAGGGGCACCACACUCCACCUCAAAGUCAUUUGACUGCCCCCAUCCGCCCCACCUCCCUGAUCUUCCACCACCUCUCCGGCUGCCCCUGCCCUCCACCGCAGGCAGCAGAGCCGGGCAGCUUUCUUACGCCAUUUUCUACACUGUGCUUCAUGAGUAGGACUUUCUUGCACUAGUUCCUAUGACUGAGUCUCCAAGCUGGUUUCCUAGUAGUCCCCCGUCCCUUCCUCCCUCACCAGCUAUGAUUCAGUUGUCUCUCCCCUUCCCUUCAUUCCUUUAUCCCUGCCUCUGUGUUUCAGUGAGAGUCUCUGUGUGUGUACUGCUUUCCGUUUUGUUGCAUUGUGGGGCAGAGGCCUCUCUGCUCUUGUUUAAUCCCAUAAAGAAAUAAAUGGUAAGACUUGAUGAUAA